AUCGGCCUUGGACAUGUCCAAUAAAGCAGGUGGAAAACGCCCGGCUAUCACCAACAGCGACACAUCGAACCACAACAUGGUGUCCGAGGUCCCCCCAGAGCGGCCCAGCGUCCGGGCAACCCGAACAUCCCGCAAAGCCAUCGCUUUUGGGAAGCGCUCACACUCCAUGAAGCGGAAUCUCAAUGCACCUGUCACCAAGGCGGGCUGGCUCUUCAAGCAGGCCAGCUCCGGGGUCAAGCAGUGGAACAAGCGCUGGUUCGUCCUGGUGGAUCGCUGUCUCUUCUACUAUAAAGAUGAGAAGGAGGAGAGCAUCCUGGGUAGCAUCCCGCUCCUGAGCUUCCGGGUGGCGGCAGUGCAGCCUUCGGACAACAUCAGCCGAAAACACACCUUUAAGGUGACCACGUGCUGGGUGGAUGAGGCCGGGGCCAGUUCCACGCACUGCCUCUCCCCACAGGCUGAGCACGCUGGGGUCCGCACCUACUUCUUCAGUGCCGAGAGCCCCGAGGAACAGGAGGCCUGGAUCCAGGCCAUGGGGGAGGCUGCCCGAGUACAGAUCCCCCCAGCCCAGAAGUCGGUGCCCCAAGCUGUGCGUCACAGUCUACCACCCCCUGCCCAGCUCGCUGCUGGGCUGGAGUCACUUACAACAUCUCCCUUGGCAUCCUGCAGCCAUGAGAAGCCAGACUCAGAGAACAUCCCUCCUAGCAAACAGCACCACCAGCCGUCCCACAACAGCCUCCCCAAGCCCGAGCCAGAGGCCAAGACUCGAGGGGAGGGUGACGGCCGGGGCUGCGAGAAGGCAGAGCGGAAGCCCGAGAGGCCUGAAGUCAAGAGCGAGCCUCUGGUGAAAGCCAAUGGCAUCCAAGCCGGACCAGAACCAUCCUCGGAGCCGGGCAGCCCUUACCCCGAGGGCCCAAGGGUCCCAGGGGGAGGAGACCGGCCCGCCCAGCCCAAUGGCUGGCAGUAUAGCUCCCCGAGCCGGCCGGGCAGCACAGCUUUCCCGCCUCCGGACUCAGAGAGUGGGGGGCACCAGCGGAACUUCCCCCCACGUGCCAACCCCGACAAGAUUGCCCAGCGCAAGAGCUCCAUGAACCAGCUGCAGCAGUGGGUGAACCUGCGUCGGGGGGUGGCGCCCCCUGAAGAUCUCCGGAGUCCCUCUAGGUUCUACCCCGUGUCCCGCAGGGUCCCUGAGUAUUAUGGCCCCUACUCCUCCCAGUACCCUGAUGAUUACCAGUACUACCCACCAGGGGUGCGGCCCGACAGCAUCUGCUCAAUGCCAGCCUAUGAUCGGAUCAGCCCACCCUGGGCCUUGGAGGACAAGCGUCACUCCUUCCGCAAUGGAGGCGGCCCUGCCUUCCAGCUUCGGGAGUGGAAGGAGCCUCCGGGCUACGGGCGGCAGGAUGGCACCAUCUGGCUCCCCGGCCCCUCCCCCUCCCGGCAGCCAGUCUAUUAUGAUGAGCUGGAUGCCACAUCCGGCUCCCUGCGCCGCCUGUCCCUGCAGCCCCGCUCCCACUCCGUGCCCCGCUCGCCCAGCCAGGGCUCCUACAGCCGCGCCCGCAUUUACUCCCCCGUCCGCUCACCCAGUGCCCGUUUUGAGCGCCUGCCACCUCGCAGCGAGGACAUCUAUGCUGACCCCGCUGCCUAUGUGAUGAGGCGAUCCGUCAGCUCCCCCAAGUAUGAUUACCUGGGAGACAGGCGGCCAGUCCCUGCAGGACUGUUCCCCUACAACUACCCACCAUCCCCCACGGCCCACGAUAAGAUGGUACGUCCUCUCCUCCCAAUCCGCCUUUUCUGCCGUACAGAGUUCCUGGAGAAUCAAAUGAGUGAGAGCGAGACUCUCAUCAGUAUGGUGAACCGCAUGGUGGAAAACUCCUCCCCCAGGGCCCAACUCUUCAUGCAAGUCCCUCCGUACCCAGAAGUGUUCCGGGACGGCCUCCACACCUACAAGUUAAACGAGCAGGAUACAGAUAAGCUGCUGGGCAAACUGUGUGAACAGAACAAGGUGGUGAGGGAGCAGGACCGGCUAGUGCAGCAGCUCCGAGCUGAGAAGCUUCGCUGCCUACCUCUGUCCUCUCCCCUGGAGAUCCAGGACACCGGCGGCAAUGCUACCUCCCUCAUCUCCCGUGGGCACGGGGCCGACCCUGCGGCCGGUACGCACUGCCUGGAUAAUGGCUCUGGGCUGCGGCGGCCAAAGGCCCAGGAAAACGUGGCCCAGGAGGGAGAAAGACCCCAGGCCCUGACGAACAGCACCAUAGAGUAUGAGAACCUUGAAUCCGAGGUCUCUGCCCUGCACGACGACCUCUGGGAGCAGCUCAAUUUGGACGUCCAGAAUGAGGUACUCAACCGGCAAAUCCAGAAGGAAAUCUGGAGGAUCCAGGAUGUGAUGGAGGGGCUGAGGAAAAAUAACCCGUCCCGGGGCACGGACACGGCCAAGCACAGAGGAGGCCUUGGCCCCACGGCCACCUACAGCUCCAACAGCCCCGCCAGCCCUCUCAGCUCUGCCAGUCUCACCAGCCCCCUGAGCCCCUUUUCACUGGUGUCCGGCUCACAGGGGUCCCCCACCAAGCCCGGAUCCAGUGAGGAGCCCGGCCCGCCGCGGCCCCCCCUUCCCAAAGCCUACGUCCCCCUGGAGUCUCCUCCAAACGUGCCUCCACUCCCUAGCGAGAGCCGCUUCUGGCCGUACCCCAGCUCCCCUUCCUGGCACCGCCGUGGCGAGCCAGCCAGGGGUCAGCCCAAGGCAAGCUAUGAGCAAAGCAAGAAAGACCCCCACCAGACGUCACCCCUGGACACCGCCAGAGACAUCAACCUGGUGCCCACCAGGCAAGAGGCGGAGGCAGAGAAGCAGACAGCUCUCAACAAAGUUGGCAUUGUGCCCCCUCGGACGAAGUCGCCCACCGAUGAAGAGGUAACCCCGUCAAGGGUGGUGAGGAGGAGUGCCGAUGGGCUCACCAACGGACUCUCCUCCCGGCAGGAGCGCCCCAAGAGUGCCGUGUUUCCUGGCGAGGGCAAGGUCAAGAUGAGUGUGGAGGAACAGAUCGACCGCAUGCGGAGGCACCAGAGCGGCUCUAUGAAGGAGAAGCGAAGGAGCCUGCAGCUCCCGGCCAGUCCGGCCCCCGACCCUGCUACGCGGCCCGCCUACAAAGUGGUGCGCCGUCACCGCAGCAUCCACGAGGUGGACAUCUCCAACCUGGAGGCGGCCCUGCGGGCAGAGGAGCCUGGUGGGCAGGCCUACGAGACGCCGAGGGAGGAGAUCGCCCGGCUCCGCAAAAUGGAGCUGGAGCCCCAGCACUAUGACGUGGACAUCAAUAAGGAGCUGUCCACGCCGGACAAAGUCCUCAUCCCUGAACGGUACAUUGACCUGGAGCCCGAUACUCCCCUGAGCCCCGAGGAGUUGAAGGAGAAGCAGAAGAAGGUGGAGAGGAUCAAGACGCUCAUUGCCAAGUCCAGUAUGCAGAACGUGGUGCCUGUCGGCGAGGGGGACCUUGUGGACGUGCCCCAGGACUCAGAGAGCCAGCUGCAGGAGCAGGAGAAGCGGAUUGAAAUCUCCUGUGCCCUGGCGACCGAGGCCUCCCGCAGGGGCCGCAUGCUGUCUGUGCAAGCCCUGGCCGAGGCCAACGCCGUGAAGCUGCACAGAGCCACGUUCUGA